AUAUCAGAUAAAACAUUCAGUUGUGCAGUAGCAGACAGAAAAGUGUACAAUUUACGUGCGUGGUGAUGUGUUGGUGUUACUUACUGCGUUACAAAGUGUGUGUGUGUGUGUGUUAGACAGGUGUAUAAUAGCGGAGACGUGUUACUAAUCUUUACCAAUCGUGACAAGAGCAAAAAUCAAGUCAUUGUUGGGAUGGUGACGUUUUUCAGCUGGUUACACUGUGUCAGCCUCAACUACUCGUCACCAUCAACACAGUGUGACGGCAGCGAACAGUGAACAGGAGGUAGCGAACAGUGAACAGGAGGCAGCGGACAGUGAACAGGAGGUAGCGAACAGUGAACAGGAGGUAGCGAACAGUGAACAGGAGGCAGCGGACAGUGAACAGGAGGUAGCGAACAGUGAACAGGAGGCAGCGGACAGUGAACAGGAGGUAGCGAACAGUGAACAGGAGGUAGCGGACAGUGAACAGGAGGUAGCGAACAGUGAACAGGAGGCAGCGGACAGUGAACAGGAGGUAGCGAACAGUGAACAGGAGGCAGCGGACAGUGAACAGGAGGUAGCGAACAGUGAACAGGAGGCAGCGGACAGUGAACAGGAGGUAGCGAACAGUGAACAGGAGGCAGCAAACACCUCGACUCUGUUAUAGCAAAACACCUUUGACCCUUUGAAGUCAUAUCUGGCCCACGUCAACACCACAAAUACAGUGACCUCAAAACUACAGUGGCGUCAAAACCACCGUGACGUCGAAAUCACAUUGACGUCAAAAUCAACGACGUCAAAACCACAGUGGCGUAAAUAUCAGUGACGUCAAAACCACAUUGACGUCAAAAUCAGUGACGUCAAAACCACUGUGACGUCGAAAUCACAUUGAUGUCAAACCCAGAGCUACAAUGAGAUCCACAUCGCCACAUUGACGUGAUCACAACAGCCGCAAUGAGGGCGUGCAAGACGGGCGCCCCGGAAGGAGAGGCGCCGCCCACUCACUGCCCCAUCUGCCUGGACGCUUGGGAUGCUCAGGAACGGCUGCCGAAGUUCCUCUCGUGUCACCAUAGCGUGUGUGUGAGCUGCGUGGACCUCCUGUACCAAGCGGCCCUCACCCAAGCCCCGCCAACGUCCCCCGGGUCACCCCCCACACCCACGUCACCUCUGGGUCGUUUCAUGGGUUCCAGGUCGUCCCUAAACGGCGUGUUGGAGCCUGAGGAGCAAGGGGGGUCGUCAUGGGUCAAGUGUCCUUUAUGUCGUUCCUCUACACUCAUUCACGACCCUCAUACACUCCAGACUAACUUCUACCUGAGGGGACUUUUGCGAGCACCAUCCGUCCCCAGGUUGGUGCUGUGGUGUGAUACAUGCAGCACCGUGGCGGCCCCCUCGUGUGCUCACCACCACCACCGGCCACUACAAGACAAGAUGUGUCUACUUCAGGAGGAGCUUGUAGCAGCGGCUGGCGAGGCGUGUGGGUGGGCGUGUGGGCGUGUAGCGGAGUACGAGAGCCAGGUGGAGGUCUAUAGGUGGGUUUGUCGGCUGUUGCGCCACGCCCACACGCAGGUACUCACCACUCUCACCCACGUCCAACACCAGCACCGCGCCCUCAAUCGCUACAAUAAGGAGGUCCUCGCUCUGGUGAACCGCGGGGAGGUGUUGCAGGGGUCACAGGAACUUGAGGAGGAAGCCAUCAAUGGACUCGAGACUGUGGUGCAGGAGGUGAAGGACAAACAUGAAGAGAAGAUUGCUGACGACGAUCCUCUGACGUUGACGGAUACUUUCCACUUGUCAGCCAAUCACCGGGGCCCCCAGGGGUACCACCGGGCCCUGCUGGUGCUGGAGGCCGACGAAGCUCUCACUCUCUCCAUCUACGGUGAGAAAGAACGAGAGAAACGGGAUGUAGAAGACACCAAUGAUGAGGAAAGAGAUACAGAGCAAAAGAGGCGUUUCUAUUCUCUGCAGGAGAACCGACGUAAGGAGUUUUCACCCAAAGCUAAAAUGAAGGUCACGCGUUCUUUCUCCCUGCAUGAACCCAGUGACGGGGUGUUGUUGGUCCCGGACAGAGCUGAGAAAGAAACACCGGCAGUCUCACAGCACCUCGUGCAGCCCUCCCCUAGCCGCCCUAAACCAAACACACGUGUCAGAGAAACUAACAACAUAUAUGAACCAGAAGAUCCCAUCAGCGAGCCGUUCACACAGGUGACCGCCAGCCACAGCUUCACGAUGCCUAAAAAGCCUCCUGUCGAAGCACCACCGAGCCGAGACAACAAGCGCGUCGCAAAUCCGUCACCAGUAAACUCAAACACGAACCAGACUACUGUUGACGCCAGGGACAGACGUAUCGGAGAUGGCAAUGGCCGUCACCAGAGACGCAACAGACAAGCUGAACCCACACCCAGGGACCAUCAGAGGCAGAGGCCCCAACGAAGACGAAAGGGAAAAUCAGGUUGUAGUGUUAUGUGAUUCCCGGUAACGUCUACUUGACCCCCACACCUUACACGGUACACACAGCCUUACAUCAGUACUAUAUGAACUGUCUCUACUGGCUAAAUAAACUCACCAAGUCCAACCAGAAAAUAUAACAGCAAGAGGAAGUAAGUGACUGAUGAUAUCGUUGUCUUAUGUCGCUGACCCUCUUGCUUCACCUUCUGUUACUCAUGUUAUAAUGAUUUGUGUGAAUGUGAUACAAAAUAUAAUCAAAUAUAUAUAUCCCCCAAAAUAGGUGAAGUAGAAUGUUAUCAUAAGGCGCCUGAACUUUGGCUUAUGUGUUGUAAGUUUAUGAUAAAUAAUCAGAAGAA